CCGUGCGUGCGGGACCCGCGGCUUCCACUCCGGGCUCCCGCUCCAGCCCGCUCCGUCUCCUCCCCGCAGCGACGCUCACGGCGUGAACACCAAGAGCGAGAGCCGCGUACGUAGCGACUCGGGACGGCGGCUAAGCCCCGGGGCAGGGGAGGCGGCGAGUACGCGGGCUGACGGCAUCGUGGAGAAGCGGGUUGUUGGCCGUUUGGAAAACACGUUCCAAAGUGAGCAGUCCCCAAGGAGAAAUCGCCAGUGUCCGCGCCAAAGCCGCUCAGGAUGUCAAAGGCGACGAAACGCAAGCACGUGGUGAAGGAGGUGCUGGAGGAGUUCGCAGCACCCAUGGAGCAGCAGCAGAUCGUCAAGGUGUUGGGCACACCUGGCAAUAAUCUGCAUGAGGUGGAGACAGCUGCCGGAGAACACUUCCUCGUCACAAUGCCCACCAAGUACCGCAAGAACAUCUGGAUUAAAAGAGGAGAUUUUGUGAUGGUAGAGCCCAUUGAAGAAGGCGACAAAGUCAAGGCAGAAAUUGUGUCCAUCUUGAACAGAGACCACAUCAGAUACCUCAAGAAGGAGGGUGUUUGGCCUGUCAAGUUCAAUGAGGAUGCAAGUGUAGAAGCUUCCAGCAAGACAUUCCUUGAGCCAAAACUGGACCGUGAAGAAACCACCUGUGCAGCGAAUGAUGAAGAGGUCUCUGAUGAAGAUGACAGUGGAGAUGAUGACCUGUUUGUAAACACAAAUCAUGUGAACUCCGAGUACACUGCUAGUACUGAUGAGGAUGACAGUGAGAGUAGUGAUGUUGACAACAAUGAUGUAAACAUGUCAAAUGCGGAGAAAAGUUCCCAGCAGGCAGAGAGUGAAGAGGAGCCAGAACAAUGAUGCUUUCAAGUGAGAUUCUUCAUGUAAGCAAAGUUUAGCUUACAAUGUGGAAGUUUUCUCCAACCUUAAUUAAAAGCCUUGUUUCACAUUCUGUAAGCUUUAUACUGUAGAUGGUUCACAUUUGGUAGGGCAGGCAUCUUACCAAAGUGAAAAUACCGUUGAAAGCUGCAUAAAAAAGUUCAUUAAAUGUUUGGCUUUGGGAUUUUUUAUUUAUAUCCCACAAGUGUUCAGUUAGCGAUUUGAGUUUAAUUUCCUUAAGGCUUGUGAACAGAUAAUAAAACAUUACAUUUAUACCAUA